AUGGUCCAAUUUAGUGCCGCCGUGUCCGCCGCGCACAAGGCAAAGGACAUGGACCAAGUGGCCUACGAAGAAUCGUGCUCGCGCUGCCAAGACAUCUUCAAAACUAAAGGUUCUGUAUCCGGAUGUCGACACCAUGCUGGUAGAGGUCGUUUGUCGCGCUUGGGCAACGCGCGAUUCGCGCAGGACUAUAUAAACUGCAUGAGCCGCAUCAAGAAACGCAACUUGGCCGGUUACGUCCCGAGCCCCGAGUCGAUGUGUAAUCCGCUGGAGCUGCAACCGCCACUGCAGAAUACAGUAACGGCUUCCGAGCAUUUGUUUUCCAGUCAGUGCGACCAGCGCUUCGCUGUCUUCAAGAGCACUGCAACGGCCAAGUGGACGAAUUUGUAG